AUGGCGUGGUCCAAAAAGGUUACCCUCUCACUGCUCAGCCGCGAGGAGUCGGAAGGGGUUGGAGCGCGGGUCCGCAGAAGCAUCGGCAGACCUGAAUUAAAAUAUCUGGAUCCGUUUUUACUGUUUGAUGAAUUUAAAGGCGGUAGACCAAGUGGAUUUCCUGAUCACCCGCACCGAGGUUUUGAAACAGUAUCUUACCUCCUGGAAGGGGGCAGCAUGGCCCAUGAAGACUUCUGUGGACACACUGGUCAGUUGAACCCAGGAGACCUGCAGUGGAUGACUGCGGGCCGGGGCAUCGUGCACGCCGAGAUGCCUUGCUCAGAGGAGCCAGUCCACGGCCUACAACUGUGGGUUAAUUUGACGAGCCCACAGAAGAUGGUGGAGCCUCGGUACCAGGAACUGAAAAGCAACGAAAUCCCUAAACCCAGUAAGGAGGCCGUGACCGUUGCUGUCAUUUCUGGAGAAGCCCUGGGAGUCAAGUCCAAGAUUUACACUUACACACCAACUUUAUAUCUGGACUUCAGAUUGGGCCAAGGAGCAAAGCAUUCCCAGCCUCUUCCUAAAGGGUGGACAAGCUUCAUUUAUACCAUAUCUGGAAAUGUAUAUAUUGGACCUGAUGACACACAACAAAAAAUAGAACCCCAUCACACAGCCGUGCUGGGGGAAGGUGACAGUGUCCAGGUGGAGAGCAAGGAUCCUGAGAGAAACCACUUCGUCCUGAUUGCUGGGGAGCCAUUAAGAGAACCAGUUGUCCAACAUGGUCCAUUUGUGAUGAACACAGAUGAAGAGAUUUCUCAGGCCAUUCUUGAUUUCAGAAAUGCGAAAAACGGCUUUGAAAGAGCGAAAACCUGGAAAUCAAAGAUUGGAAACCAGUGACAAGCACAAGGGCAAGUCUGGCUGCCUUCUAGGAUUUUGCCCUUUGUGGCAUCCAGCCGUUCAAUGCAUCCAGUUUCCAAAGCUCACUUCGCCAAUGCUUCUAAAGAAUUCCACACUCAAGUGAUGACAUGUUUUCUAUGGCAAUGUCUGUGAGGUAUUUCCUGGCCCAGGCAAAUAAACCUAAGUGUUG